UGCUUUGGUAGGGUUAUCUAGGCCUGAGCAAACCUUCCCUCUACGUGCAGCAUGGACGUCUCUCUACUCCUCAAUGUGGAGGGUGUCAAGAAGACCAUUUUGCACGGGGGAACGGGAGAGCUCCCCAACUUCAUAACUGGCUCCAGAGUGGCCUUUCAUUUCCGAACAAUGAAGUGUGAUGACGAACGCACGGUGAUCGAUGACAGCAAGCAGGUGGGCCAGCCCAUGAACAUCAUCAUCGGCAACAUGUUCAAGCUGGAGGUGUGGGAGACGCUGCUGACUUCCAUGCGGCUCGGUGAAGUGGCUGAGUUCUGGUGUGACACCAUCCACACAGGGGUCUACCCUAUGUUGUCCCGCAGUCUGCGGCAGGUGGCUGAGGGAAAGGACCCCACAAGCUGGCAUGUGCACACGUGCGGGCUGGCCAACAUGUUUGCAUACCACACGCUGGGCUACGAGGACCUGGAUGAGCUGCAGAAAGAACCACAGCCUCUUGUCUUCCUGAUUGAGCUGCUGCAGGUGGAGGCCCCAAACGAGUACCAGAGGGAGACAUGGAACCUGAAUAAUGAGGAGAGGAUGCAGGCUGUGCCUCUUCUUCAUGGAGAAGGUAACAGGCUCUACAAGCUGGGCCGCUAUGAGCAGGCUGCCACCAAAUACCAGGAGGCCAUUGUGUGUCUGAGGAACCUUCAGACCAAGGAGAAGCCUUGGGAGGUUGAGUGGCUGAAACUGGAGAAGAUGAUCAACACCCUAAUCCUCAACUACUGCCAGUGCCUGCUGAAGAAAGAGGAGUACUAUGAGGUGCUGGAGCAUACCAGCGACAUUCUACGACACCACCCAGGGAUCGUGAAGGCCUACUAUAUGCGCGCACGUGCUCAUGCGGAGGUGUGGAACGCUGAGGAGGCCAAGGCAGACCUGGAGAAAGUGCUGGAGUUGGAGCCAUCCAUGCGCAAGGCGGUGCUCAGGGAAUUGCGGCUGCUGGAGAGCCGCCUGGCUGACAAGCAGGAGGAGGAGCGGCAGCGCUGCCGGAGCAUGCUGGGCUAGGCUGGGCUGGAUUCCACUGGGUUAGACUGGGUUAGAUUGGGUGGGAGCUGCGGGUUGAAGCCCUGGGCGGACAGAUGGGACUAUGGACUGGGGCCCUGUACCCGCACUUCUCCCCUUGCUGCAGGGUGCUCCAGGGGAGGUGUCUGGCUACCAGGAGGCUGGCAGUGACUUCUCUGCGUUCCCACACCCUGUGAGCCACCCGUGCAGCAAGCAUAGAUUGGCCAUCCCCGAUUCAAUUAACUAGGACUUUGAUGGCACUUUUUAGCACAUAUUCGUAUUAAAUCACAUUCAGACUAAUGUCUGAUAGCUGGGGAUAUAGCUCAGUGGUAGAGUGCUUGUUUAGCAAACCUGGAGCCCCGGGGCUGAUCUCCGACAUAAAUAAAUAGAUACACACAUACAUAAAUGCAUUUUGUGAGAUCAAAGUCAUAGCUGCCCAUGGAAAAUCAAAGGCCCUCCCCCAAACCCCAAAUUAUCAAAGAGCACAGGACAGCUACCAUUCCUUAGCUCAGGUGUAAUAACCAAACUU